GAGAUGAGCACGCCUUUGCCGUGAAAAAUCCAGCGCGUGCGGCCAUGGAAGGAACGCGUGACGCUCUUGUCGAUUGCCAGUCGGCUGCGACGCGUUGCGUGGCAUGGAGGAUUUAGUUCGUGUAAAAUCAUCAUUCAUUCCUGAUUAACGAGUCAAAGCAUUUCGAGGUUUUUGUUGAUAUUCGUUAAUCUGGAAUUUAAUAUCGACAGUGUUUUUCAAAAUCGUAUUGAGGAAUAUUAAAAGGGUGUUUGAUUUAAACGACCGAUUUUUAAUACACAGAAGCAGAAUUAGAAAAAACAUUUCGUUUCGCACAGUGUUUUUUCUUAACGACUUCGUUAACGUACCAUUUCGGAGCAGUCAAAACGAGAUAAAGAAAAAGAAAAGAAAAGCAAACAAGAAAGAUAAAAAGAAAGGAAGGAAGGAAGGGAAGGGAAGGAAAGGAAAAAAGGAAACAAUAAAACAUGGUGCUCCCCAAGUGUUACGGAUUUGUUAAGUACGCCCUCGUGUGGGUGAAUCUCGGCUUUUGGGCGAUUGGAUUAGCAGCAGUGGUCCUGUCGAUAUGGAUUUUAUUCGAUCACAAUUUUCUCGUGUCCGUGACACAAGAACAGCACAAUUUCAGAGCAGGCCUUUACAUCUUGCUAGUAGCUGGACUCGUCAUGCUCGUGGUAGCCUUUCUUGGAUGUUGCGGAGCCUUUCGUGAGUCCCAAUGUAUGCUAGUUGGCUUUUUCAGUUGUCUAUUGGUCGUAAUAGUCGCACAAAUUGCUGCUGGAGUUUGGCUUUAUACAAAUAGCGAUCGUCUCGAAGAACUCGUCAAAUUAUCCGUCAUCAAUACCGUUAAGAACGAAUAUGGAGUAAUGGAAUUUCGUACUCAAACAGUGGACGCCUUUCAAUCGGGUCUUGGAUGUUGUGGUGCAACCGGACCAUCUGAUUGGGCUGGCAGUAAAUACGCCAAAUACGAUUCUUCCAUAGCUCUUUCCUUAACAGUUUCAAAAUCCGACAACACAUACAAAGUACCGAAAUCCUGUUGCAUGGAUAGGGACAGCAUAGCUUGCGAUAUAGCUCGCAAUUUUAAAUUAGGAGAUAUCGUUAGCCCUGCUAUUUAUAACGAGGGAUGCAUAGACAAAUUGGUGAAUGCAUUGAAGAGUCAAAGUUGUAUCGUUAUUGGAAUUGCUAUAGGUGUUGGUAUAGUUGAACUUCUUGGUUUGAUAUUUGCCUUGAUUUUAUGCUGCACAAAUGGCUCAUCGGACAGAUAUAAAGCCUAAAUCAAACCACGAUCUUUAUUGGGUCCCUCUUAUAUUCGUCCAAUUUGCAGCAUAUAAUAUUCAACCGAAGCUAUAACCGAUUUCGUUGCUCUACUUUUGUGCCAAGAUCGAUUUAUAUCAUUCUAUCAUUUUCUCGUUCUAUAAAAAACCGUAUCAUCCUAACGUACAAGGAAAUAACACUAUGAGGAUGGGGGAUGAUAAAAUAAUAAUAACGAUAAUUCAAAGAAAUCGGUUAUUCAAUUUUCCAAUGGCACAAUAUCGACGAUUUUUGUAUUCAUGUGUUGCACAAAACGUCUCCGUUAUUUAAGGAAAAUUUAAUAUUACGAUUUUAUUCGUAAUUCGUAUAUCUGCUGAUUUAUUAUUAUUUUUUUUUGGCAGAUUUUUGUAACAACUUCAACGGUGUAAUUAUUUACAAUUAUCACCUAUAACGAAGGUAUAAUAUUUAAGAGUAUGAGUUGAAAACGACUGAAACCGAUUCAAAUCUCAAUCGCACUGAAUCUCCGAAUUGAAUUUAGCUUUACUUUACUUUGUGUGAUUUAUUAAAAUCACAGAUUUCUAUUAUAUAUAUAUAUAUAUACACAAAUGUAUAAAUAUUAUAUAUAUUUUGAUAAAUGUUCAAGAUAAAAUAGAAAAAUCAUGUAACGUUUAGAAGUACCUAACGCAUCGUAUGCUUUUCUUUUUUCCAGGCCAAAGUAAUAGACCAAAAAAAAGAUUGGUAUCGAUUUUAAUAUAAACACACACAC